CAGCAACACGAGUAUGUGGCAAAGCUCAACAUGCAUGCCAUCCUGAGCGCCCAGGCGGGCCAGGAGCAGCUCCUCAUCGAGCUGCUGGUCACCCACGCCAAGAUUCCUGUUCUCAUUGGGGAGUUGAUCUCUGUGGAGAUCUGGAAGUACAAGGUCUUUCCUGUGCUGUGCCGGCUGGAGGACUUCAAGCCCAGCAGCACCAUUCCCAUCUAUGUGGUGGUGAGUAGGAAGGGAGCCUCCAUCAUUAACCUCCUGGAGACCGUGUUUUUUUACAAGGAGAUCUGUGAGUCAGCAGAGGACAACCUUCUGGAUUUGAUUGACUAUUGCCACCGAAAAUUGACCCUGCUGGUAGGCCGGAGUGCCAAUGGACAGACGGUGACCCUGGCAGAGCUUCAUCCCCAGGAUCUGCCCAGCCCUGGGUCCAUGCAGGAGCUGCAGAAGCUGGCAGAGACAAUGGAGUUUGAGAUUUCCCUGAAAGCCCUGUCUGUGCUGCGCUUCAUCACCGACCAGGUGGAGAGCCUGCCCCUGAGCGCACUGACACGGAUGCUGAACACCCACAACCUGCCCUGCCUCCUUGUUGAGCUGGUGGAGCAUUGUCCCUGGAGCUGCUGGGAAGCAGGCAAGCUCAAAAAGUUUGAGAAUGGCACGUGGCACAUGGUGCCCCCUGAAGACCAGGUGAAGAUGACCAAGCUCGAUGGGCAGGUGUGGCUUGCCCUCCUCAACCUCCUGCUGACCCCUGAAUGUCAAAGCAAAUACCACUUUGAUGGCUUCAACAAGAGCCAGCUCCUCAAGCUCCGUGUGUUCCUGACAGACACCCUCAUUGACCAGCUGCCCAACCUGGUGGAGAUGCAGAGAUUUCUGAGUCACCUCGCAGUGACAGAGCCACCUCCUCCCAAAAAGGAUCUUGUUCUAGAGCAGAUUCCCUUCAUCUGGAACCACAUCCUCAAGAAAAAUGCAGGGAAGUGGGAGGCCAUCGCUAAGCACCAGGUGAAGCAGGUCUUCAGCUCCACCGAGGAGGAGCUGAAGCUCCAGGCACACAGGUGGUCACAGAUCUACAGCCUGGACAUGCUGGAGGCUCUGGCCCCUGACAAGCCGCGCUGCGCAGCGUGCGGUGCCGGGGCGGCCAAGCGGUGCUCUCGCUGCCGGAACGAGUGGUACUGCACACGGGCAUGCCAGGUCCAGCACUGGCAGAAGCACAAGGCUGCCUGCAACCUGAUGGCCGAGGCACUGAAGAGAGCAGAUGACCUGGAAUAA